UUUGUUCUUCUCAACCAAGCUUUUGUUAUUGUUUUUUUCUCUCAGUAUUCACCUUUAUGAAUUACUCAUAUCAUUUGCAUCACCACUUCCCGGAUUGGAAGCAAUUCCACUAGCAUAUGCAUCGUUAGGAAAGAUUUUCUUUCCCACAGGCAAUAGCAAAACCAUAAAUUGAUAACAAUGCCUGUUUUCAACUUUUCCCUGAAGAGAAACGUACACUUAGAGAAUUUCUUUAACAGCAUCACUGUAAGGAAUAAAUAUGGAGCAAUGGCGGCGACGGCAACUGUAAUUUUUGCCAGCGUUUACAUCGGAUGGGCUUAUGCAAAACGUUCAUGUAAGAAGCAAAAAAAGAAGGUUCACGCUGUGUUUACAAGAUCGAUGUCUGUAGGGGUUCUCCAUGGAGGGAAACUGGCCUUGGAUAGAGUGAUUGAUUAUCAUCGUGCUCGAGCAGAUGAAGCGUCACUUAAAUCAGCUGAAAAUGAGUUACAGGAUUUACUGAUAGAAGAACAUCCUGAUUUCGUAAAGCUACAGAGCACUGUUGCAAGGCUGGAAAUGAGUGGAAAAGAAGCAGUUGCGGUGGGAAUACUGGAAACACAACUGAAAAGUGCUCGAAAGGAAGGGAAAUCACAUGUAGCUUAUGAGAUUGAAAUGUUGCUUGUCGAAAUGCACAUCUACCAGGGAGAAUUCAAGAAGGCUUUAGCCUGCGAAUGCCUGAGUCAUGAAGAAAUUUCUGACGCAAGACGUCCUCUAUAUAAGGCCAUCAUUUAUAUAAUGUUAGAAGACCCCGGGAAAGAAGCCAUGAAUUGUUGGGAAAAAUUCAUAGACAUUCGAAUUCGCUUCGAGUCUCCAAGUUCACACCAAAGCCAGCUCAACGAAGCCGUUACCAAUUUCAAUGAGUUUGAGAAAGCAGUCAAGUUGCUUAGAAAUGAUAUCCAGGAGGCCCACGGGAAGCAAAUUAAGCCCUGAAGUCCAAAGAAAUCGUACAUCUUACCUAUAUAUGCUCAACUUCUUGUUAUUCUUCCAUUUUAUUUUAUUUUUUACCUUUUUUAAGGUUUGUUUGGCAUAUUGUGCGGUGAUAUCGGAUUGUUUCAAUGACACUUGAGAUUUUCAACUUCACAUCCUUAAUUUA